AUGACACACGAUAAUACUGGGCCCGUCAUUUCCAAGUUCAAAUCACUUGGCGCCACACGAAUUCACAACCCUCGUCAGCCCGUAUUCACUAUUGACCAUGAUGUACAAAACAAGACAGCCAAGAACCUCCAGAAAUAUGCCUCGAUCGAAGCGUUUGGGCGGACGCACGGGAUCGACUUUUACGGCGCGGGCCGAGGUAUUGGUCAUCAAGUCUUGGUCGAAGAGGGAUACGCAUUUCCCCAUACGCUCGUCGUUGCUUCUGAUUCACACUCCAAUAUGUACGGAGGAGUCGGAUGUGUUGGGACCCCUGUGGUCAGGACGGAUGCAGCAGCAUUAUGGGCGACGGGAAAGACAUGGUGGCAGGUUCCGCGCAUGAUCAAAGUCGAACUAAUGGGCAAGUUGGCCCCUGGUGUAACGGGAAAAGAUAUCAUCGUCGCCUUGUGUGGCCUUUUCAACAAGGACGAGGUGCUGAAUGCUGCCAUUGAGUUCCAUGGAGACGGAAUUGAGGCGUUGGGAAUCGACGAGCGACUGGCAGUAGCCAAUAUGACGACGGAAUGGGGUGCGCUGGCUGGCGUAUUCCCGGUUGACGAGCCACUUCUGGAUUGGUACAAGAAGGCAGUGGAUAAGAUGACCCUAAGAACUUUUUCAGGAGCAUCUAGUUCACUUCCCCCUCCCCCCGAACACCCCCGACUUAACGAGGAAUACUCGUCCCACCUAACACUCGACCUUUCUACACUUGUUCCAUACGUUUCCGGUCCCAACAGCGUCAAGGUAGCAACAGCAUUGCCUAAACUUGCUCAAGAUAAUAUCAAAAUCAACAAGGCCUACCUCGUUAGUUGCACCAAUGCUCGAGCUUCCGACCUUAAGGCCGCAGCUCAGGUCGUCAAGGGACGCAAGGUAGCGACUGGGGUCGAGUUCUAUAUUGCGGCAGCGAGCAGCAAAGUUCAGGCUGAGGUGGAGAAAUCAGGCGACUGGGGUGCGUUACUAUCAGCUGGCGCUAAGCCUCUACCAGCAGGCUGCGGGCCAUGCAUUGGGUUAGGAACCGGGCUUCUCGAGCCGGGAGAAGUUGGGAUUAGUGCGACAAAUCGAAACUAUAAGGGGCGAAUGGGUAGCCCGCAGGCUCAGGCAUAUCUAGCCAGCCCAGCAGUUGUUGCUGCGAGUGCAAUAAGAGGAGUUAUAUGCGGCCCGGAUUCUCUCGAUUUGAAUGCCCUUCCUCAGAACGAAAGGCCCGUGUUCACUUCAAGUACCCCUAAUACCAUACCUGGCGCUUCGACAUCUGCUUCACCUGCCGAACCGUUAGUCGACGGGUUUCCUCGGUCAUUCGGGGGGCCGAUUAUGUUUACACCCCAGGAUAACUUGAACACGGACGGGAUAUAUCCCGGAAAGUACACAUAUCAGGACGACAUUACACUCGAACGACAGGCCGAGGUUGUGAUGGAAAACUAUGAUCCUGCCUUUGCGAAGAAUGUUGCAGAAGUGCGAUCAAGUGGUAAAACAGCUGUCCUUGUUUCAGGAUACAAUUUCGGUACUGGCUCGUCGCGCGAGCAAGCGGCAACUGCGCUCAAGGCUGCAGGAGUUCCGCUCGUUAUUGCAGGCUCAUUCGGAGACAUAUUCAAACGCAAUUCCAUAAACAAUGGUCUAGUGUGCAUGGAAUGUCCCGAAUUAGUAGCAGACCUGACGGAAAAGUAUGCCAAGAGCGGCGCGCGGGGUAACGGCGGAGUUGAUGGAGAGUUGACGGUCCAACCGGGAUGGGAACUUGAUGUGGAUAUGCAGAGUGGGAAGAUCGAGGUCAAGCAGGGGGGCAAGGUCCUGCGCGAGUACCAGACACGGCCUGUAGGACCGAGUGUGCAGGAAUUAUGGGUAUGCGAUGGGCUCGAGGGAUAUGUACGAAAGUCGAUAGCCAGUAGUGUUUAG